AUGACUGGCCCUCUCCCUGGACAAAAGACCGUCCUGAUUACUGGCUGCACGCCAGGCGGUAUCGGUCAUGCCCUCUGCCUCGAGUUCCACAAGCAGGGCGUACAUGUCAUUGCCACGGCCCGUAACCCGGCCGUCCUGGCCGAGAUGGCCGAUAUGGGCAUGAGCACCCUCGCCCUCGACGUCACCAACAAGGAGAGCAUCAAGACCUGCCACGAGGAGGUUGCCCAGAUCACCGGCGGCAAGCUUGACAUUCUCGUCAACAACGCCGGCCGCACCCACACCCACCCCGCCACCGACAUCGACAUCGACGACGUCCGCGAGACUUUCGAGACCAACGUCUUCGGCGUUAUGGCCAUGUGCCAAGCCUUCGCCGACCAGCUCAUCGCCGCCAAGGGCCUCAUCAUCAACAUCGCCUCCCUGGCCGCCAUCACCCCCUACGUUUUCGGCUCCGUCUACUGCGCCAGCAAGGGCGCCGUAGUCUCCUACUCCCGCACCCUGCGUCUGGAACUCAAGCCCUUCGGCGUGCGCGUCAUGACCACCAUGACGGGAACCGUGCAAUCGCAAAUCGCGUCCAAGACCCACCGCACGCUGCCGGAGAACAGCAUCUACAUGCGCGUCAAGGAGUUCUUUGAGCGCCGGUUGACGUUUUCGCAGAACAACGCGACGGUCAAGACGGAGGAUUAUGCGCGGAGGCUGGUGAAGAAUGCGCUCAAGAGCGAGGUUCCCUUGAUCUUGAGGCCGUGGUUCGGACGCGCGGAUUAUUUCUGGGCGGGAGGGUGGUCGAGACUUGUUUGGACUGGUACCUUCUUUGGUGACUGGUUGUUGGAUUUGGUCAUGUAUAGGAUGUUCAAGAUGAAUGUGUUGGAGAGGGUGUUGGCGCAGGAGGAGGCGCAGAAGAAGUUGAACUGA